AAAUAUAUUUGACGAUUUCAUUUUAUGUCUCUUCUGUUGUUGUAGCGAUAUUGAAAGAGGUGUCGAAGUUUAAUGCGAUUGCUUAUAAAGCAAUUUUUUACGUAGCUCAUUUCAACGUUCAGCUGGUUCUGACCCAUAACAUUGAAAAAUUUUAUAAAGACUUAAGUAAAAGUGACUUUGUCAGCUUGGCGAUAUUUAGAUUCAUGAGAUAAAGACCAGGUGUAGAGGAAACUUUGAAAAUUAUUUUAAUUUUUAUAUUGCUUUGAGUACAUGACUGAAAAAUAAUUAAAAUAUAGGAACAUCAAAGCAUACUUAGAUAUUUUUAUCAAGAUGCAUUCAUGGCGAUUUACAAAAACUGUUAAAGCUUCCUUGUGUUUACAUGAAAGGAUAUGUGAAAAAUUUCCGCACAAACCAGUGAACAUUGCUCCAAUGGACUUUUAAAAGGAUUCAUAAUUUAUAAUCUAUACGUCGUCAAAACAAACAGAAAAUGUACACAUAUUUUGAUAAUGUAACAUUGUUAUAUUCUCUUUUUCUCUUCAAAUUGCAAGUUCGAAUUAAAAUAUUCCAAUGAUUAAAUCUCAUAAACACGAUAAAUCAUGUGUGCAAUAUUAUACAAGUAUUGUAUUAAGAUACAACUUAUGUUGGAAACUAAAAGGAAUUUUCUUGUCACUUUCAAUUGUGUUGCAUGAAUACAACAAUGCUUCUGGUAAUCAGCUUGUGGUUUUCUUUGUCUUAAAUAUUUUUGCAUAAGCAACAAGAUUCAGAUAAAUAAAUAAUAUCAACGAUGGAACUACAAGUGCAUGAAAAUAUUUGUGUCUUUUUGACUUAAAAUUGUUUUUGAUCUCGUUUUCGUAACAAGAAGUCACAGUUGUAGCUGUUCUUAGCUAAGAUAUUUUCAAAAAAUACUAUUGAUUAUCAUAGUAAAAUGCGAAAGACAAUUCAUAUAAAGGCAUGCAUAUUAGUAGAAAAAUGCUUGUAACACUAUGUUUAACAACAUGCUCGUUCAUAUUUAAUGUCAUAUUAAUUCUUGAUAAGCUCGGUCUUAUAUUAAAAGCAACAUGACAAAAAUUCAUCUCAUUUAUGGUUUUACCCUAACGAAGAUGCUGUCAACAACUGGAAGGAGGAUAAUUUUGAUGUAAUGUUGUGGUUCUGUGGUUUUAAACCAACUGAAGCAAACCUUUGUGUCGAUAGUUAAUUUGAAGUGAGUUUCUAUGGCUGCUCUGAUCUCUUCACUUAGUUUCAAAAUCAAUUCAAAACGAAUUUUCCUCCGUCAAAUAUGAGCUUUGAAAAAAAGUUUUGUCCUAGAAAAGGACGAUUGGGAACAACAUCCAAUGGUAUUCCUUACUCCAAUACUGCUGUGUUAAGUGCUUCACAAAGCGUAAAUGAAGCGAGUUGGAUCCCGUCAUAUCGUGGAUCAAAUUCGCUUACGUUUUCAUCAAGAUCUCAAAGUUUGAUUCCUUCAAAUGUUUUCGACAAUUUUGAUGACCCACAUCUCUUGGCCGCAUCACAAACUUUAGACCCAACAAAAUAUCUUACAAAGAGUCCAGCUUCUUCUAAAUCAGCCAGCUAUAUAGGGAUUCAUGGACUACAUUCCAGUCAUGGACAAGAUACAAAUCAAUACGAUCCACACGAUAUAUUGGACCAGAUAUCGGCAUCUCUGCAACCUUCAGUGUCAGAGAACUUUGAUAAAACAUUUGAGAAAGCGUUUGAAAACAGUGGAUCGCCAUCUUUAUCAACCCAACCGUCUCAUCAUGUUUUUCAUGCCGCGAUGAGCCCACCAACAGAAGACAUGAAUCCAAGAGAACUAGAAUGGUUUGCCGAACGUUUUAAACAACGCCGUAUUAAACUUGGUGUAACGCAAGCUGAUGUCGGAGCCGCUUUAGCGAAUUUAAAACUUGCUGGUGUUGGAUCACUGAGCCAGUCAACGAUAUGUCGUUUUGAGUCUCUGACACUAAGUCACAACAACAUGAUGGCUCUUAAACCUGUUCUCACCGCGUGGCUUGAAGAGGCGGAGAAAGCGUAUCGUAGUAAAAAUUAUAAAAGUGAAUUUCUACCUAACUCUGAAAAGAAACGUAAAAGGACAUCUAUCGGUGCAGCAGAAAAGAGAUCGCUUGAAGCAUAUUUUGCUAUGAACGCAAGACCAUCAAGCGAUAAAAUUUCUUCCAUAGCCGACAAACUCGAUUUAUCGAAGAAUGUCGUUCGUGUUUGGUUUUGCAAUCAGAGACAAAAGAAGAAAAGAAUGAAAUUUUCGGUCCAUUAAAAUGAAAGAAAUUCUGUUUUGAUGACAGUAAAGUUGUCAAUGAAAGCGAUGAUUACGAGAUAAGCGAUAAAUACGAUUUUGAAAAAGCAAGGUUAACAUCGUGAAUAAAGUUUCAUUGCUCAAGACAAAUAGAAUUGAAAAUAAUAAGAUGAAAUUACAUCUUUGAUCUUAUCGACUUCUGAUAUUUUCUAUAAACGCGAUAAAUGUCGUCACGACGUUUGAAAAUGUGUUCUUAAAUCAUUCAUCUCAAAAAUUCUCGUCAAAACGGCUUCAGUUUGUUUGUAAAAAUAUUAUAAUUUUGAUUGCUGUGUUUUCACCUGGGUUGAUAAUUCAACAUCUGUGUGAAAGAAACGCCAUGGCAUGCAAGUAAAAUGAGUUUAUGUCGAUGUGAGGUCAUCAAAUGACAUCCAUUGUCAAUUAUUGUGAAUUAUCGCCGUUAAAUGAAAUAUCCUGUUAUAUUUUAAUAUAUUUUACAAUUUUUACGGAUAUUUGUAGAUUUAAUUGAGUAAGCCGAAAAUUUUGCAAAUUAAUAAAAUAACCUCUAUUCAGUCUGUUGCUUGGAAAACUAUGAUAUAAUAGCAUCUACUAUGUUAAUAUGCGUAUGUUCAAAUUAUAUAAUGUAAAUAUUGUGAAUGUUAGAUAUUGUAGUAGAAAUACGAAGAGAAAUAUAAAUAUAAUUUUAUUCAACUACGUUUUUAAA